UGAACGGAGUUAGCCAGUGCAGGGUUUGCUACAAGGUAAUAAGCGAUCCACUCUUUCGGAUACAAACUUUUUGCAAAAAUAAAUAAGAUCAUGGAGCCGGAAUAAGGAACAUGUCGCUACAAGGACUUGCAAUGGAGACUUUGUUCAUCGGGUUACUGCUUUACAGUUAUUUCCUUCUGGUUGGUGCGUCUCCUCUCCUGCUCUUUGCAAACAGACGGGAUGUCCGGCUGGUGGAUGCAGGGUCUGGGAAACCAGAGUCUGUCGUGGUGGUCAGUGGUCUUGAGGACGCAGCAGCAGUGGACUUUGUCUACUCAGAGGGGCUGAUCUACUGGACUGACGUGAGUGAAGAGGCCAUCAAGCAAACCCUUUUCAAUCAAUCUGGGAAUGUGCAAACGGUUAUCGUUUCGGGCCUGGAUUCUCCUGAUGGCCUGGCUUGUGACUGGCUGGGAAAAAAGCUGUACUGGACAGAUUCCGAAACCAACAGGAUUGAGGUGGCCAAUCUGAAUGGAACGUCGAGGAAAGUCCUGUUCUGGCAAGCCCUUGACCAGCCAAGAGCAAUCGCUUUGGAUCCAGCACACGGGUACAUAUACUGGACAGACUGGGGGGAGGAGCCCCGCAUUGAGAGAGCUGGGAUGGACGGCAGCACCAGGAAAAUCAUUGUGGACUCUGACAUUUACUGGCCCAAUGGUCUGACGAUAGACCUGGAUGAACAGAAACUUUACUGGGCAGACGCAAAGCUGAGUUUUAUCCACAGAGCAAACCUGGAUGGCACCUUUCGGCAAACUGUUGUUGAAGGCACGUUGACGCACCCGUUCGCACUGACGCUAUCCGGGGAAACUCUGUACUGGACAGACUGGCAGACCCGCUCGAUACACGCCUGUGACAAGAAAACAGGGGAGAAGAAGAAGGAAAUUCUCAAUAGCAUUUAUUCUCCGAUGGACAUCCAGGUCCUGGGCCAGGAGAGACAGCCCGACAUUCGAACCCCCUGUGAUGAAAACAACGGAGGCUGCACCCACUUGUGCCUCCUGUCCCCAAGAGAGCCUUUUUACAGCUGUGCUUGUCCUACUGGUGUCCAGCUUCAAGAAGAUGGCAGGACCUGCAAACCAGGCGCUGAAGAAGUAUUAUUACUAGCUAGAAGAACAGACUUGCGACGUGUCUCUCUUGAUUUGCCUGACUUCACAGACAUUGUGCUGCAGGUUGAUGACAUUCGGCAUGCCAUCGCAAUUGACUAUGAUCCAGUGGAGGGUUAUGUGUACUGGACCGACGACGAGGUCAAAGCGAUCCGCAGAUCGCUCAUUGACGGCACUGGGGCCGAGACGCUGCUCACCACUGAAGUGAACCACCCUGAUGGGAUAGCAGUGGACUGGGUAGCCCGAAACCUUUACUGGACCGACACCGGGACCGAUCGCAUCGAGGUGACGAGGCUAAAUGGCACAUCCAGGAGAAUCCUCAUAUCGGAAAAUUUAGACGAGCCAAGAGCCAUCGUACUGGAUCCUAUCUGUGGAUACAUGUAUUGGACCGACUGGGGUGAAAAACCAAAGAUCGAGCGUGCCAGCUUGGACGGCAGUGACCGCCUUGUCCUUCUGAAUAACUCUUUGGGUUGGCCAAAUGGGUUAGCAAUAGACUAUGCAGAGGGAAAGCUGUACUGGGGAGAUGCCAAAACAGACAAAAUCGAGGUGAUAAAUAUUGAUGGCACUGACCGGAAGACACUUUUAGAAGAUAAACUGCCUCAUAUAUUUGGGUUUACAUUGCUGGGGGAUUAUAUCUACUGGACUGACUGGCAGAGAAGGAGCAUUGAACGUGUCCACAAGACCAAAGGCAUAAGAGAGAUCAUCAUAGACCAGCUGCCAGAUCUUAUGGGCCUCAAAGCAACACGGGUGACUAAAGCAUUUGGAACUAACCCUUGUGCGGACAACAAUGGAGAUUGCAGCCACCUGUGUUUCUUCAGGCCACAGGGUCCACAGUGUGCCUGUCCAAUGGGUCUGGAGCUUCUGGGUGACAUGAAGACCUGCAUUGUGCCUGAAGCCUUCCUGCUGUUCACCAGCAGAGCUGACAUUCGGAGGAUAUCUCUGGGAACACACAACAACGACGUUGCCAUUCCUCUCCCUGGAGUCAAAGAGGCUUCUGCUCUGGAUUUCGAAGUGUCUGAUAAUAGGAUCUAUUGGACUGAUGUCAGUUUGAAGACUAUAAGCCGUGCUUUCAUGAACGGCAGCUCUGUUGAGCACGUGAUUGAGUUUGGACUGGACUACCCUGAGGGUAUGGCGGUGGAUUGGAUGGGAAAGAACCUUUACUGGGCCGACACAGGCACUAACCGGAUCGAGUUAGCCCGUCUAGACGGACAGUACCGCCAGGUCCUCGUGUGGAAAGACUUGGACAACCCUCGAUCUCUGGCGCUUGACCCAGCUAACGGGUUCAUGUACUGGACUGAGUGGGGAGGUAAACCCAGGAUAGUGAGAGCGCACAUGGAUGGAGCCAACAGCGUCACGCUAGUUGAUAAAGUGGGACGAGCCAACGGGCUUACUAUUGACUACACAGACCAGAGGCUGUAUUGGACAGACUUGGACACAUGCAUGAUUGAGUCCUCCAACAUGCUAGGGCUGGAAAGGGAAGUUAUUGCAGAUGAUCUCCCCCACCCUUUUGGGCUCACCCAAUACCGGGACUAUAUCUAUUGGACCGACUGGAACCUGCGCAGCAUCGAACGAGCUGACAAGACCAACGGGCAGAACCGCACGAUAAUCCAGGGGCAUCUGGACUACGUUAUGGAUAUUUUAGUGUUCCACUCCUCCCGCCAGGACGGCUCCAACGAAUGUGUGCAGAAUAAUGGGCAGUGCGCCCAGCUUUGUCUGGCGGUACCUGAGGGAUACAAGUGUGGAUGUGCAUCACAUUACACUCUUGACGGCAACGGCAGGAAUUGUAGCUCCCCUUCCAGCUUCCUCCUGUUCAGUCAGAAAUCGGCGAUCAGUCGCAUGGUGUUGGACGAGCAGAGCCCAGACAUCAUCCUCCCUAUCCACGGACUGCGCAACGUCCGGGCCAUCAGCUACGACCCUCUUGACAACGUUAUUUACUGGGUGGACGGGCGGCAGAACAUUGUCAAGAGAGCAAGGGAUGAUGGGUCACAGCCAUUUGUAGUGGUCUCUGCUACCAACCAUAUUCAGAACCCGGAGAAGCAGCCCCACGAUCUGAGCAUUGACAUUUUCAGUCGGACUGUCUACUGGACAUGUGAAGCCACCAACACCAUCAACAUGAACAGACUGGAUGGGAAAGGCAUAGGAGUGGUGUUGCGUGGAGAGCACGAUCGACCAAGAGCCCUUGCGAUGAAUGCGGAAAGAGGGUACAUGUACUUCACAAACAUGCAAGAGAGGUCUGCUAAAAUAGAGCGCGCUUCCCUGGAUGGGACUGAGCGGGAGGUGCUGUUCACUACAGGACUCGUUCGACCUGUCGCUCUGGCAAUCGACAACAAGCUGGGGAAGCUCUUCUGGGUGGAUGCCGAUCUCAAACGCAUCGAGAGCAGUGACUUGUCUGGAGCAAAUAGAAUUACUCUGCAGGAUUCCAAUAUCCUCCAGCCCACAGGGCUGACAGUGCUGGGAGAGCACCUGUACUGGAUAGACAGGCAGCAGCAGAUGAUUGAGCGUGUGGACAAAAUCAGUGGGGACAAGAGGACCAGGAUCCAGGGGAGGAUAGUGCAUCUCACUGGGAUCCACGCAGUGGAAGACAUUGACACAGACGAGUUCUCUGCACACCCAUGUUCCCGUGACAACGGAGGCUGCUCACACAUCUGCAUUGCGAAGGGUGACGGAACCCCCCGCUGCUCCUGCCCAGUCCACCUGGUACUGCUGCAGAACCUGCUCACCUGUGGAGAACCCCCGACGUGUUCCCCUGAUCAGUUUGCCUGCUCCACUGGGGAGAUCGACUGUAUCCCCAUGGCCUGGCGCUGCGACGGCUUUCUUGAGUGUGAUGACCACAGCGACGAGGAGAACUGCCCGCUGUGCUCCGCCAACCAGUUCCAGUGUGAGAAGGGACAAUGCAUAGAGUCUCGGCUGCGCUGCAACGGGGAGAUCGACUGCCAGGAUAAGUCCGAUGAGCAGGACUGUGACAUGAUCUGCCGUCCGAACCAGUUUCGCUGCGGCACCAGCCAGUGCAUCCUGGUGAAACAGCAGUGCGAUUCCUUCCCAGACUGUAGCGACGGAUCAGACGAGAUGCUUUGCGAGUUGAACACAGAGACUGAACUCCAGACUCACAGCAGUGCCAUUGGGCCUGUCAUUGGGAUCAUACUGUCGCUGUUCGUCAUGGGAGCCAUGUAUUUCGUGUGCCAGCGAGUGGUGUGUCGUCGCUAUAAAGGACCCAAUGGACCAUUUCCUCAUGAAUAUAUCAGCGGGACUCCUCACGUCCCUCUUAAUUUCAUAGCCCCAGGAAGCUCCCAGCAUGGCACUUUCACUGGGAUCUCGUGUGGGAAGUCCAUGAUGAGUUCCAUGAGUCUGAUGGGGAGCAGUGGCAGCGGCGCCCCUCUGUAUGACAGGAACCAUGUGACUGGAGCAUCAUCUAGCAGCUCUUCCAGUACUAAAGGAACCUUCUACCCACAGAUUUUGAACCCACCUCCAUCUCCAGCUACCGAUCGUUCUCUGUACAAUACUGAAAUGUUUUAUUCCUCCAAUAGUCCUUCAACUACCAGAUCAUACAGGCCCUAUCUAAUGCGAGGCAUUGCGCCCCCCACCACACCCUGCAGCACUGACAUGUGUGACAGCGACUACACCACCAGUCGAUGGAAGACAAACAAGUACUACAUUGAUCUGAACUCGGACUCGGACCCCUACCCUCCGCCCCCCACCCCUCGGAGCCAGUACAUGUCUGCGGAGGAGAGCUGCCCCCCCUCUCCCUCCACAGAGCGCAGCUACUUCCACCUGUGCCCCCCACCACCCUCCCCUUGUACAGACUCCUCAUGACCUCCCCACAAGGACUUCUCUAUCUGCCUCUGUAAAUAAUUUUAAAUAUGAAAAAAUAAGAUAAUUCUAUUUUAUAAAUGCUAGGCAGAGGCCAUUUGUGGAGCAUUUUAUCAUUUUGUUUUUUUUUUCUUUCGGGGGGGGGGGGGGGGGUUGUACAGU